CACCCCGGUUUCUGCACUUCCCCUCCACACUGCUCCCUUCUCUGCUCGCACACAGGAGCCAGGACCUCCAGCUCCGAGAUGCUGCUGCUGCUGCCCCUGCUGCUGCUGUGGGUGCCGGGAGAAGGGCAGGGGGCUCUGCAAAUUGCGGGGCCUCAUUUACCCUCAGGGUGCUCAUUUAAGAGUCUGAAAUACAGGCUGCAAGUGCCAGAAUCAGUGACCGUACAGGAGGGCCAGUGUGUCCUUGUGCCCUGCAGCUUCCUGUACUCUCCACUGGACUCCAGGCCUGGCUCUGUCUCUGGCUACUGGUUUCAAGAAGGGGCCAAUACAAACCUCGACUCCCCCGUGGCCACAAAUGACCCCGGAAGGCAAGCACAGGAGAGGACUCGGAGCCGGUUCCACCUCCUUCUGGACCCGAACACCAAGAACUGCUCCCUGCACAUCAGAGAUGCACAGAAGGAGGACAGUGGUUCCUACUUCUUUCGGGUGCAAUCAGGAAGUGUACAAUGGAAUUACUGUGCAGACCGGGUCUCUGUGGAAGUGACAGCCCUGACCCACACCCCCGACAUCCUCACUCCCAGGACUCUGAUGCCAGGCCUCACCAUCAAUCUGACCUGCUCUGUGCCCUGGGCCUGUGAGCACGGGACACCCCCCAUCUUCUCCUGGACGUCAGCUGCCCUCACCUCUCUGGGCCCCAGGACCACCCUCUCCUCUCUGCUCACCCUGAACCCUCGACCCCAGGACCACGGCACCAACCUCACCUGUCAGGUGAUGUUCCCUGCAGCUGGUGUGACUGUGGAGAGGACCGUGCAGCUCAACGUCACUGGGAGCCUCAGGACAAAAGCAACAGCAGGAGUGGUGCAGGGGGCCCUCGGAGGAGCUGCGGUCACAGCCCUGCUUGGCGUCUGCAUCUGCGUCAUCUUCUUCAUAGUGAAGACCCUCAAGAAGAAAGCACCCAGGACUGUGGGGGACACAAAGAACACUGAACCAGCCACUGGGCCAGCCUUCCUGGGUCACCCUCCAGAGCCCUCAAGUUCCUCAACAGCUGUCCCCACCUCAGGGGAGGAGCAGGAGGUCCACUACGCCUCCAUCAGCUUCCAUCCUCGGAAAUAAUCCUCUACCAAGUGCUCCAAGGUCAGGAGCCGCUGAAGGGCUGACGGGAACGUGGGUCUCAGCCUGGAGUCUUAGCCUCUGCGGGGCCCACAGGCUGGUUCUGGAAGGUUUAACAUCCCUCUUGCCACUGAGUUUAUAACACAUUGAGCAAGUUUCCUGCAGUACUGGAAUUAUCUUAGACUUUGCAGUCAGAGAGAGCUGGGAUGGAAUCUAUGCUCUCCCAUUUUCUAAGAAGAGUGUGUCAUUGGGAGACCCACAUCACCCCAGCACGUCUCCGUCUCCUGCUCUGUAAAUGGGUGUGAGGAGUUCUGCUUCACAAGGUUGCUGUGAGGAUUAAAUAAAAUACAUGUUGAUGCCCAGCAGAGG